AUGGGCGGGCACUCGAAGAAAAGUGGUAGGGGCGGCGGCGGCCAUCUAAAUCGCCAGCGACAAUCUCAAGCCACGAAGAAAAAGGUCCUCUCCAGGGAUCCUGGCGUUCCUGACUUGAAAAGAAUCGCCGAAAAAAUGACGAGAACUGUGGAAAAACGUAAUCACAGUCUGCUGAGUCUCAAUUCCAAAGGUGCGAGCGAAAAUAAGGACGCUCUUGAUCGAGGAGGCCGGCAUACCCUGAGCACCAGUUCCGCGUUGGUGCAGUCCCAAGAGUCAAGUGGAAAUGCCUUUUCAAAGGCCUUUUCCCCAAUAACCACCAGCGUCGGUGGCACAGCCCCUAACGGAGACGAGCUGUCCGAGGAGCAGCGGCGGGCGAACCAGCGGCGCGAGAUGAUCGCUCUCGCAUUGCGUUCGACGGAAAAGCAGCACGACUACGAGGCGCCCACGCGACUGCACGGCAUGGGUGGGGAGGCGGGCGAGGAUUUGGAUGGCUGGGGGGACGAGGAUGGAGUUUCGACGGACCGCCGCGGCGCGGACCGCUCCUUGCGGCGUUUUUACAAGAAGUUUCAGCAGGUUGUCGAGAGCUGCGACGUGCUACUGCAGGUCGUGGACGCGCGCGACCCGCUGGGUUGUCGGCUAACGCAGCUCGAGCAAAACAUCCGCUCAAGCUACGGCGAGGACCGCAAGAAAAUUGUCAUCGUGCUUAACAAGGUGGAUAUGCUUCCCUCGAAGAAGGUGGUGGAUAUGUGGAUUCAUCACUUCCAAUCUCAGGAGAACAUCCCGUGCAUCCCUUUCUCGGCUACCGCAAACGGUGCUGUUGGACAAGGAUACGUCCACGAGCUUUUCAAGCAGCUUCGUACCUUGGCUCGCAGCGCGGAGUCUGGAGAGCGCAAAUCGAUUGUUGUUGGGGUGAUUGGCUACCCUAAUGUCGGCAAAAGCUCGAUCAUCAACGCGCUUAAGCGAAAAAAUGUUGUGGGGGUCGGCAAUACGCCGGGCUUUACGACGGGGAACACCGAGGUGGAGCUGCGUUCUGAUAUUCGCAUCAUGGACUGCCCGGGUGUUGUGAGUCCGGGUGAGGGUAGUGGCGAUGUCAUUCUGCGCAAUGCGGUGCGGGUUUCCGAUCUCGUGAAUCCAUUCGCGCCCGUCCAGCGUCUCCUGGAGCGUUGCACGGCGGUUCAAGAGGUCGUCGACUCCGAUGACGAGGACGCCCACCAUCACCAUACACUACAGGGUUCCGGCGUUCACCCGCUCGCGGCAAUCUACGGUAUUGGAUCUUUCCCCGCGAAUGACGUCAUGGCGUUUAUCCAUCUCGUAGGGCUGCGUCGAGGUCGGCUCACCAAAGGCGGUCAGGUCGACGAGGAGGCCACCGCGCGGAUGAUUUUGAGCGACUGGAAUGAUGGGCGUAUCGCGUACUACACCUAUCCACCUAAGGUGGACGAACUUUUUAUGCGCUCGAGUGGCGACUAUAAGGCGUUGCGGGUUCGUUCAGCCAAUGAAACUGCCGCGGCCGAGGAUGAAGAAUCCCCGCAGCUCGUGUCGCACCUGGCGCGCGGCAUCACGAUGGAUGGCCUGCCCGUGUUCCAUCUCAGACUGAGCACGGCAUCGGCCAAUGCCCAUAAUCGGAAAAAGAAAUGGAUUCAUCGGUAUCACGCCGAGGAGGAGUCGGGUGAGAGUAGCAUGGAGGAGGAGCUUUAG